AUGCAAUUUUUACCAUCUUUCAACAUCAGACGAAAACCCGGUCGUAAUUCUGGUUCAAAUAAACAAGGUUCAUCAACAGUUGAAACAAAUGUUACACAUGAAGAUGAAAAUCGAUAUUCACCUAAAACAUCUUUAUUACCGAAAAAAUCUUCCUCAUCACAUAAACAUGGUAGUCGUCUUGCUGGGUCAACAGCACAAUCGACUAAUCAAGAUAUUCCGCCUGCGUUGCCACCACGUAAACCAUUGGAUAAAAAGAACAGUGUUCAAAUGCCACCAACAACACGAAAUCCAUCUGUAGGCGAUAAUACAUCAUCACAAGUAUCAUCUAGUAUAGCCGAUGACAUAUCAUCAUCAUCAUCAUUGGCUCCUCCUCGAGUUUUACCUAAUAAAGAGAUUAGUACAAGUUUGGUUAAUUUAAUGGGUACUGCAUCGGAUUCAAUCAGUGUCAAUAAUAAUACAACACAACCAACAACACAAGAAACUCAACGUUUCUCUACGGCUCCUGCUACUACAGUUGAUCGACUGGGAUUAUUUGAACCAUUAUCUAAUGUCAGUACAACUGGUAUGGUUGAAUCUCCAUCAUCACAGCGAACAGUUUUUCUUGGUAAUCAUGCACCAAUGACAUAUAGUAGAUCAACAAAUGAAUAUACAUGGUGUUAUGAAAGUUCAACUUCUAUACAUGCAAAUAGUGGAACAAGUUUUGAUGAAUGUUUACCUCAACUUGAAAUUGAUGAUAAACCAUUAAUAUAUCGUCAACAAUUUGAAACAAAAGAACAUUUUAAUUGGUAUGGUAUUAGUGAAAGUUAUGGACCUGUUAUUAUUUCAUAUAAACAUUCUAUUGAUCAAAAUAAACAAAGAUCUAUAAUGUCAAUUGUUAGAAUACGACAACGAACAUUGAUUGAAACUAUAUUCGAUAUACAUUCAUCAUCUACUCCUCUUGAUAUAUUACGACGAAUAUGUGAACAAUGCGCUAUUACAGAUAUUGAAUAUUUUGAUCCGGUGCUGUGUGAUGGAGCACAUGAUUUAUUAUUAAAAUAUGAUGAAUCACAUGUAUCUAAUCAACAUAAAUUUGGAAUAAUAUAUCAACGUGAAAAUCAAUUAACUGAAGAAGAUAUAUUUAGUAAUGAAACACAUAGUAUUGCUAUGGAUAAAUUUCUUGAUUUAAUUGGUACACGUGUUAAACUAAAAGAUUUUCGAGGAUUUCGUGGUGGUCUUGAUGUUAAAUCAGAUCAGACAGGAACUGAAUCAAUUUAUGAACAGUUUCGUAAUCAUGAAAUUAUGUUUCAUAUUAGUACAUUAUUACCACAUUCAAAAAGUGAACGACAACAACUUGAACGUAAACGUCAUAUUGGAAAUGAUAUUGUUGCAAUUAUUUUUCAAGAAACUGAAACAAUAUUUAAUCCAGAAUGUAUAGCAUCACAAUUUUUACAUGUUUAUCUUGUUAUAACACCAUUAAAUAAUGAUGGUACACAAUUUAAAGUAUCUAUUAUUCAUCGUGAUAGUGUACCAUCAUUUGGACCAGGUCUUAAUCAUUCAUCGUCAUUUCAUUGUGAUCAUAUAUUUAAACAAUGGUUAUUAACAAAAUUAAUUAAUGCUGAAAUGGCAUCAUGUCGCGCAAGUACAUUUCAAAAAUAUCAAGAACGUACAAAAAUGAAUUUAUUUGAUAAUUUAUAUCGUACACUACAUGAUAAUAAUCGUCCAUUAAUGAAUUUUAUUUUAUCCAAUAGUCAAUUUAAACGUGAAUGUGAUAUUGAACAACAACAAAAAGAAGAAACACAUAAUAAUUCUUCUAUAAAAACAUCUGAUCGUCAUACUGAUAGUUCAUUGCUUGGUUCUGUACGACGUCGUUUUAUUGCACCAAAAUUACGUAUACAGAAUUCGACAACAACUGAUAAUGGAAAAUCUUCACCAGCAUCAACAAAUAAUGUAAUAACACCACCAUCGAAUAAUACAAAUGAUUCAAGAUCGAAAGCACGUUCAGUGACAAUGGAUUUACGACGAAGUGUAUCACGUGAAUCAAUUACAACAAAUGGAAAUAAUAUGGCUAAAAUGACUUCUUUCUUUUCAUCAUCAAAGACUAAUAGUCCUCGACUUGAUAAAUCAACAAAUCGUUCGUUAUUAGACCAUGAAAAUAUUGAUUCAGCACCAAGUUCACGUUCCAGUACAAAAUUUUUAUUACCUUCAACAUGUCCAUCAUCUCCAUGGACAUCAACACCAACUAAUGGUUUUCUAACAUCACCAUCAACUGAAUGGAGUCAUAAUGGAGAUUCUUAUUCACAUGCAACAUCUACGUUGAAUACAACAUUUAAUUUUAAUAAUAAAUUAUCAUCAGAUGAUAUAGAUAAUGAUAUUCAUAUGCAACUUUUACCUGAUGAUCUUCAAUCAACUUCAAAAGAUGGUAAACAAUUUAUUUUUAUUAUUAAAUUAAGUUUUCUUUUUUUUUGGUGUAAAUUUUUAUUAGAUUUAAUUAAAUUUGUUAUUGCGUUACAACAACAGCAUUCAAUGAGAAUAGCUCAAAUGGAUCAAAUUCAUUCGAAUGCAUUAAAACAACUUGAAACCCAAUUAUUGCAACAAAAAAAUAUUACUCAUCGAGAUAGUCCAUAA